CGCCCACCACAAUCUCGUUCAGCUCCCGCUUCUCGCGUCUAUAAACCGCCCGCCUCACUCAACCCACCUCAUUCAACUCUAUACUUCGUGAUGGCUCCGAAACCCGCUUCCACUGCCGGCAAGGCUCCUGCCUCUACUGCCUCCAAGGCUCCCGCUAAGACCACCGAGGGCGCGAAGGCCUCGAAGGCCACCAAGAAGACUUCCAAGUCGACUGGUGAGGACGGUGAGAAGAAGAAGCGCAAGAAGACCCGCAAGGAGACCUACUCUUCUUACAUCUACAAGGUCCUCAAGCAGGUCCACCCCGACACUGGUAUCUCCAACAAGGCUAUGGCCAUCUUGAACUCCUUCGUUCAGGACAUCUUCGAGCGUAUUGCCACUGAGGCUUCCAAACUCGCAUCCUACUCGAAGAAGUCCACCAUCUCUUCACGAGAAAUCCAAACCGCCGUCCGCCUCAUCCUCCCUGGUGAGCUUUCCAAGCACGCCAUCUCUGAGGGCACCAAGUCCGUUACCAAGUACUCCAGCGCGGGUGCGAAGUGAACUGGCUUGUGUUCUAUCUUCCUUGUUCUACGGUGUGGGGCCUGUUGGAGGUGUGUCGAGUGGAGGCCCUUGUCUUCGCCGACUUCUUGUCGUUCGUCUUUGAUUGGCUUGUACUUUAUCGGUGUAUUCAUUUACGUUAUUUAUCCAUCUAUUCUCUCUUACACUCU